UAGGAGACGCGCAUCCCCAAGCGGGGUAAGAGACCCCACUUGGCCGAAGCCCUCUCCUCAAGCAGUAUUUCACCCUCCUCCACUAGACACCUCCACGGAGCCGGAGGGAGGCUCCGUGGGCCAGUUCCUAGGAACCCAGGACUAAGACGGGACGUGGAGAGGAGCUACCAGGGACGCGGCAGCAGCGCCAGGCGCGCUGGAAGUGCAGGGACUCACUUGCCUGCUUUGGCUGCCGCACCCUUGACCUCUAGUUUUAGCUGGGAAGUUAGGCGGAGGAGUAACUGUGGAACCAAAAGAACUGACUAGCAACGGGGGACAAACCUGUGAUCUCCAGGGUCCUUCCGCCCUCUCCCCCAUCCGCUCCAUGCCUAAGAGCCGCGCUCAGAAGCCGGGGCAAGAAGAGCCAUGGAGGAACCGGGUGCUCAGUGCGCCCCGCCGCCGCCCGCGGGCUCCCUGACCGGGGCUCCUCAAGCCAACUUCUCCUCUGCUCCCUCCCACAACUGCAGCGCCGAGGGCUACAUUUACCAGGACUCCAUCGCCCUGCCCUGGAAAGUGCUGCUGGUUAUACUGCUGGCGCUCAUCACCUUGGCCACCACCCUCUCCAAUGCCUUUGUGAUCGCCACAGUGUACCGGACCCGGAAACUGCACACCCCGGCUAACUACCUGAUCGCCUCCCUGGCGGUCACCGACCUGCUCGUGUCCAUACUGGUGAUGCCCAUCAGCACCAUGUACACCGUCACCGGCCGCUGGACACUGGGCCAGGUGGUGUGUGAUUUCUGGCUGUCGUCGGACAUCACUUGUUGCACUGCUUCCAUUCUGCACCUCUGUGUAAUCGCCCUGGACCGCUACUGGGCCAUCACGGACGCCGUGGAAUACUCAGCUAAAAGGACUCCGAAAAGGGCGGCGGUCAUGAUCGCGCUGGUGUGGGUCUUUUCCAUCUCUAUCUCGCUGCCGCCCUUCUUCUGGCGUCAGGCCAAAGCCGAGGAGGAAGUGUCGGAGUGCGUGGUGAACACCGACCACGUCCUCUACACCGUCUACUCCACGGUGGGCGCUUUCUACUUCCCCACCCUGCUCCUCAUCGCCCUCUACGGCCGCAUCUACGUGGAAGCCCGCUCCCGGAUUUUGAAACAGACGCCCAACAGGACGGGCAAGCGCCUGACCCGAGCCCAGCUGAUAACCGACUCCCCCGGCUCCACGUCCUCGGUCACGUCUAUUAACUCGCGGGCUCCCGACGUGCCCAGCGAAUCCGGGUCUCCUGUGUACGUGAACCAAGUCAAGGUGCGGGUCUCCGACGCCCUGCUGGAAAAGAAGAAACUCAUGGCCGCUAGGGAGCGCAAAGCCACCAAGACCCUGGGGAUCAUUUUGGGAGCAUUUAUUGUGUGUUGGCUGCCCUUCUUCAUUAUCUCCCUGGUGAUGCCAAUCUGCAAGGAUGCCUGCUGGUUCCACCUGGCCAUUUUUGACUUCUUCACGUGGCUGGGCUAUCUCAACUCCCUCAUCAACCCCAUCAUCUAUACCAUGUCCAAUGAGGACUUUAAACAAGCGUUCCAUAAAUUGAUACGCUUUAAGUGCACAAGUUGACUUGCCAAUUGCAGUGGGGUUGCCUAAGUGACCUUUGGGGACCAAGUUGGGUCUGGUUCCACAGGUAGGUCGAAUCUUCUUUAGUGAUUACUGGGUCAGAGCUAGGCUCUCUCUCCUGGGCAAGGGCAAUGCAUCCUGAGAAGCCAGGAUAGUUCUGAGAGAGUGCUCUGAAAGGAGAACUGUUCAAACUAAAUGUAGAGCUUCCCGGCUGAGGAGGAGGCUCACUUCCUCCCCUCAAACCUUGGGCUCCGCACUGACCCUGCAGCAGCCAAUCACAAAGAGGGUUGCAACUUUUUAAAAUUGUUGCUGGAAAGGGGAUCCUUGCCCUGCUUUGGUAUCAUGGACGAUGCCCUCUAGAACCAGUGUACUUGUAGUUGUCUGAAGCCUGUCUGAGACAGAUCUACAUACAGCCUGGCAGUACUUGAACUAGACGCUUAACACCCUGUGUUUGGGGGAGAACUUUGUGUUACAGCUUAAUUUAAGAACAGUUACUUUGACAUCCUUCAGUCUUCGGUUUUUGUUUAUUUAAACUUGGUUGGAGAAACUGUGGAUUUGGUGCUUCAAACCCUAUGUGUGGCUUGGAUGGCACAGAGAAGCCUUGAAGAGUUAACAGGCAAAUUCAGAUGCUAAGAUUCUAUUUUUGUUAUAAUUGAAACUAUAUGGGUGUGGGGGUGUGGGAAUGGGAGAUGGGAAUCAUUAAAUGAGAAUCAAUAACUAUGAUUGUUUCCUGCAGAUUUGUAAUUUUUAAAUUUCUGUUUAGCAAUUGUCAAACCACAACUCUAACAACUCAAACAAAAUAUUAUGUGUACUAGUGCCAAAGUCUGCAGAUUGCAUUAUUUUUUCUCCUGAUUUCAUGUAUCUGUCAUUUAAAUUACACAUCUAAAUCCCCAUAAAUGGAGGGUAUGAUGGGUGACUCAGCCCGAGCUGCUGCUAUAUUUCUUACUAAUGCAAUGGGUAAAACCAAUUAGUAUUAGAUAGAUACUGUCCUUAACAAGAAAAGUAUCUUUAUUCCUUAUCUAACUCAGUGAGAUGUGAAGGAGACUGUUGAAAUAGGAAUGCUUCUUAGACAAUUAAGGAAUGGGGGCCAAUAGGAGGAUGUAUAUUUUGACUUGUAAAAAAAAUCUUAAAAUGCAUGAGAAUUUUUUCUGAUAGUCAUUUGCACUCUCCUUCUCAUCUGUGAUUCCUUUGUGUGCUAACAUAUAAAGUAACCAAGAGAACUAGCUCCCUUCUCCAGAAAUCUUCAGAAUGCAUUAAGGGCCCUAAAACCCACAUUAAACGAAAACUAGACUUAUUUCUUUUCCCUUGCUAUUGAAGUUUGGGCAGGAACAAAGAUUACUAGAAAAUGACAAGCAAG